AGGGCAGGUGAAAGCACCUGUCCCGGUGACAGUAAUGAGCCCAGGCAGAGGUGAUCCUGCCGGCUAAGGAGGGGGGGGGCUGCCAGAGGGGCUCAGCCAUUGGGAGCCAAGGCCUGCGCCACCCCCCCCCCCCCCAAUCAGGGCUGUUGUCAGUCCUCAGGAUUUGGAUGUCCCAUCAUCCUCACCUCUAGCCCAGCUGCUCUAAGACCAUGGCGGCAGUGACCUUGUCGGUGCCCGGGCGGAAGGCGCCCCUCAGGCCCGGCCCGGUGCCGGAGGCCGCCCAGCCGUAUCUGUUCGCGCCCAGUGGCCCGGGAGCUGGUGGCUCACCCGGGGGCGCCGGCACCUCACCGCAGGUGGAGUGGACGGCGCGGCGCCUGGUGUGGGUACCCUCGGAGCUGCACGGGUUCGAGGCGGCGGCCCUGCGGCACGAGGGCGAGCUGGAGGCCGAGGUGGAACUGGCUGAGAGCGGACGGCGGCUGCGGCUGCCGCGGGACCAGAUCCAGCGCAUGAACCCGCCCAAGUUCAGCAAGGCCGAGGACAUGGCCGAGCUCACCUGCCUCAACGAGGCCUCCGUCCUGCACAAUCUCCGGGAGCGGUACUACUCGGGCCUCAUCUACACAUACUCUGGCCUUUUCUGUGUGGUCAUCAAUCCAUAUAAGCAGCUUCCCAUCUAUACGGAGGCCAUUGUGGAGAUGUACCGGGGCAAGAAGCGCCACGAGGUGCCUCCCCACGUGUAUGCAGUGACCGAGGGAGCCUACCGUAGCAUGCUUCAGGAUCGUGAAGAUCAGUCCAUUCUCUGCACUGGGGAAUCUGGGGCUGGGAAGACAGAAAACACCAAGAAGGUCAUCCAGUAUCUCGCCCAUGUGGCAUCGUCCCCAAAGGGCAGGAAGGAGCCUGGUGUACCGGCUGCCAGCACCUUGUCUUAUGGUGAGCUGGAGCGACAGCUUCUCCAGGCCAACCCCAUCCUGGAGGCCUUUGGCAAUGCCAAGACCGUGAAGAAUGACAACUCCUCCCGCUUCGGCAAAUUCAUCCGCAUCAACUUCGAUGUGGCUGGGUACAUCGUGGGUGCCAACAUCGAGACCUACCUGCUGGAGAAGUCGCGGGCCAUCCGCCAGGCCAAGGACGAGUGCAGCUUCCACAUCUUCUACCAGCUGCUGGGAGGCGCGGGGGAGCAGCUCAAAGCUGACCUCCUCCUGGAGCCUUGCUCCAGCUACCGCUUCCUGACCAACGGGCCGUCAUCCUCUCCUGGCCAGGAGCGGGAGCUCUUCCACGAGACUCUGGAGUCCCUGAAGGUCCUGGGAUUCACCCCGGAUGAAAUCACCUCCAUGCUGCGGAUUGUCUCAGCCGUUCUCCAGUUUGGCAACAUCGUCCUGAAGAGAGAACGGAACAACGACCAAGCCUCCAUGCCUGACAACACAGCUGCACAGAAGCUCUGCCGCCUCCUGGGACUGGGGGUGACGGACUUCUCCCGCGCCCUGCUCACCCCCCGCAUCAAAGUUGGCAGAGACUAUGUGCAGAAGGCACAGACCAAGGAGCAGGCUGACUUUGCACUGGAGGCCCUGGCCAAGGCCACCUACGAGCGCCUCUUCCGCUGGCUGGUCCUGCGCCUCAACCGUGCCUUGGACCGCAGUCCCCGCCAGGGCGCUUCCUUCCUGGGCAUCCUGGACAUCGCCGGCUUUGAGAUCUUCCAGCUGAACUCCUUCGAGCAGCUGUGCAUCAACUACACCAACGAGAAGCUACAGCAGCUCUUCAACCACACCAUGUUCGUGCUGGAACAGGAGGAGUACCAGCGCGAGGGCAUCCCCUGGACCUUCCUCGACUUCGGCCUCGACCUGCAGCCCUGCAUCGACCUCAUCGAGCGGCCGGCUAACCCCCCCGGACUCCUGGCCCUGCUGGAUGAGGAGUGCUGGUUCCCGAAGGCCACUGACAAGUCCUUUGUAGAGAAGGUGGCCCAGGAGCAAGGAGGCCACCCCAAGUUCCAGCGGCCAAGGAACCUGCGGGACCAGGCUGACUUCAGCAUCUUGCACUAUGCGGGCAAGGUCGACUACAAGGCCAACGAGUGGCUGAUGAAAAACAUGGACCCUCUGAAUGACAACGUCGCUGCCCUGCUCCACCUGAGCACGGACAAGCUAACAGCAGAGAUCUGGAAAGAUGUGGAGGGCAUCGUGGGGCUGGAGCAGGUGAGCAGCCUUGGGGAUGGCCCACCAGGGGGCCGCCCCCGCCGGGGCAUGUUCCGAACGGUGGGACAGCUCUACAAGGAGUCCCUGAGCCGCCUCAUGGCCACACUCAGCAACACCAACCCCAGCUUCGUCCGCUGUAUCGUCCCCAACCAUGAGAAGAGGGCCGGCAAGCUGGAGCCUCGGCUUGUGCUGGACCAGCUGCGCUGCAACGGCGUCCUGGAGGGCAUCCGCAUCUGUCGCCAGGGCUUCCCCAACCGCAUCCUCUUCCAGGAGUUCCGGCAGCGAUACGAGAUCCUGACGCCCAAUGCCAUCCCCAAGGGCUUUAUGGAUGGGAAACAGGCCUGUGAGAAGAUGAUCCAGGCUCUAGAACUGGACUCCAACCUCUACCGUGUGGGACAGAGCAAGAUCUUCUUCCGGGCAGGGGUCCUGGCCCAGCUGGAAGAGGAGCGGGACCUAAAGGUCACAGACAUCAUCGUGUCCUUCCAGGCAGCCGCCCGGGGAUACCUAGCUCGCAAAGCCUUCCAGAAGCGGCAGCAGCAGCAGAGCGCCCUGCGUGUGAUGCAGAGAAACUGUGCCGCUUACCUCAAGCUGAGACACUGGCAGUGGUGGCGGCUCUUCAUCAAGGUGAAGCCGCUGCUGCAGGUGACCCGGCAGGACGAGGUGCUGCAGGCGCGGGCGCAGGAGCUGCAGAAAGUACAGGAGCUGCAGCAGCAGAGUGCCCGCCAAGUGUGCGAGCUCCAGGGCCGCCUGACACAGCUGGAAGAGGAGCGGGCCCGCCUGGCAGAGCAGCUCCGAGCAGAGGCAGAGCUGUGUGCCGAGGCCGAGGAGACACGGGGGCGGCUGGCAGCUCGCAAGCAGGAGCUGGAGCUGGUGGUGACAGAGCUGGAGGCCCGCGUGGGCGAGGAGGAGGAGUGCAGCCGCCAGCUGCAGAGUGACAAGAAGAGGCUGCAACAGCAUAUACAGGAGCUAGAGAGCCACCUCGAGGCCGAGGAGGGGGCGAGACAGAAGCUACAGCUAGAGAAGGUGACCACGGAGGCGAAGCUGAAGAAAUUUGAGGAAGACCUGCUCCUCCUAGAAGAUCAGAAUGCAAAACUGAGCAAGGAGCGGAAGCUGCUGGAGGAGCGUAUGGCUGAGUUCUCGUCGCAGGCGGCUGAGGAGGAGGAGAAGGUCAAGAGCCUUAAUAAGCUUCGACUCAAAUACGAGGCCACGAUUGCGGACAUGGAGGACCGCCUACGGAAGGAGGAGAAGGGCCGCCAGGAGCUGGAGAAGCUGAAGCGGCGGCUGGACGGGGAGAGCUCGGAGCUGCAGGAGCAGAUGGCCGAGCAGCAGCAGCGCGGGGAGGAGCUGCGCGCCCAGCUGGGCCGCAAGGAGGAGGAGCUGCAGGCGGCCCUGGCCAGGGCGGAGGAGGAGGGCGGCGCCCGGGCCCUGCUGCUCAAAUCCCUUCGGGAGGCGCAAGCGGGACUGGCUGAAGCCCAGGAGGACCUGGAGGCUGAGCGGGCGGCCAGGGCCAAGGCAGAGAAGCAGCGCAGGGACCUGGGCGAGGAGCUGGAGGCACUGCGGAGCGAGCUGGAGGACACGCUGGAUUCCACCAAUGCGCAGCAGGAGCUCCGGUCCAAGAGGGAACAGGAGGUGACAGAGUUGAAGAAGGCUUUGGAAGAGGAGACGCGUAUUCAUGAAGUGGCAGUUCAGGAGCUGAGGCAGCGCCAUGGCCAGGCGCUGGGCGAGCUGACGGAGCAGCUGGAACAGGCCCGGAGGAGCAAAGGUACCUGGGAGAAGACCCGGUUAGCCCUGGAGACCGAAGUGUCAGAGUUGCGGUCGGAGCUGAGCAGCCUGCAGGCCUCACGGCAUGAGGGCGAGCAGCGCAGACGCCGCUUGGAGUCACAGCUGCAGGAGGUGCAGGGCCGGGCUGGUGAUGGGGAGCGGGCCCGAGCGGAGGCUACGGAGAAGCUUCAACGAGUCCAGGCUGAACUGGAGAACAUGUCUGCAGCCCUGAGUGAGGCCGAGUCCAAAGUCAUCCGGCUGAGCAAGGAGCUGGGCAGCUCGGAGACCCAGCUACACGACACCCAGGAGAUGCUGCAGGAGGAGACCAGGGCGAAGCUGGCCUGCGGGUCCCGUGCUCGAGCCCUGGAGGCUGAGGUGGUAGGGCUGCGGGAGCAGCUGGAGGAGGAGGCGGUCGCCAGGGAGCGGAUGGCCCGCGAGCUGCAGACUGCCCAGGCCCAGCUGUCAGAGUGGCGGAGGCGCCAGGAGGAAGAGGCGGGAGCACUGGAAGCAGGGGAGGAGGCGCGGCGCCGGGCCACCCGAGAGGCUGAGGCCCUGACCCAGCGCCUAGCAGAAAAGACAGAGGCCGUUGAGCGGCUGGAGCGGGGCCGCCGGCAGCUGGGGCAGGAGUUGGAUGAUGCACUCAUGGACCUGGAGCAGCAGCGGCAGCUCGUGAGCACGCUGGAGAAGAAGCAGCGCAAAUUCGACCAGCUCCUGGCAGAGGAGAAGGCCGCUGUCCUGCGGGCAGUGGAGGAACGUGAGCGGGUCGAGGCGGAGGGCCGGGAGCGCGAGGCUCGGACCCUGUCUCUGACUCGGGCUCUGGAGGAGGAGCAAGAAGCACGGGAGGAGCUGGAGCGGCAGAACCGGGCCCUGCGGGCAGAGAUGGAAGCACUGCUGAGCAGCAAGGAUGAUGCUGGCAAGACGGCGCAUGAGCAGGAGCGAUCCCGCCGGGCGGCAGAACAGAUAGCCAGUGACCUGCGAGCCCAGGUGACAGAGCUGGAAGACGAGCUGACGGCCGCGGAGGACGCCAAGCUGCGGCUGGAAGUGACCCUGCAGGCUCUCAAGGCCCAGCAGGAGCGCGACCUGCAGAGCCGGGACGAGGCUGGCGAGGAGAGGCGGAGGCAGCUGGCCAAGCAGCUGAGGGAUGCAGAGGUGGAGCGGGACGAGGAGCGCAAGCAGCGCGCCCUGGCCGUGGCCGCCCGCCAGAAGCUGGAGGCGGAGCUGGAUGACUUGAGAGCCCAGAACGCGGCCGCCCAGCAGGGCAAGGAGGAGGCGGGGAAGCAGCUCCGCAAGAUGCAGGCCCAGAUGAAGGAGCUGUGGCGGGAGGUGGAAGAGUCGCGCACUUCCCGGGAGGAAAUCUUUGGCCAGAACCGGGAGAGUGAGAAGCGCCUCAAGGUGCUGGAGGCGGAGGUGCUGCGGCUACAGGAGGAACUGGCCGCCUCAGAUCGUGCCCGGCGGCAAAUCCAGCAGGAGCGGGACGAGAUGGCAGACGAGUUGGCCAAUGGCAGCCUUAGCAAGGCAGCCAUUCUGGAAGAGAAGCGUCAGCUAGAGGGGCGCCUGGGGCAAAUGGAAGAAGAGCUAGAGGAGGAGCAGAGCAACUCAGAGCUGCUCAAUGACCGCUACCGCAAGCUGCUCCUGCAGGUGGAAUCACUGACUACAGAGCUGUCAGCUGAGCGAAGUUUCUCGGCCAAGGCAGAGAGCGGGCGACAGCAGCUGGAGCGGCAGAUGCAGGAGCUCCGGGGGCGCCUAGGUGAGGAGGAUGCUGGGGCCCGGGCCCGCCAGAAGAUGAUCAUUGCAGCCCUUGAGUCUAAGCUGGCCCAGGCUGAGGAGCAGCUGGAGCAGGAGAGCAGGGAGCGCAUCCUCUCCGGCAAGCUGGUGCGCAGGGCCGAGAAGCGCCUGAAGGAGGUGGUGCUCCAGGUGGAGGAGGAGCGGAGGGUGGCUGACCAGCUCCGGGACCAGCUGGAGAAGGGCAACCUUCGGGUGAAGCAGCUGAAGCGGCAGCUGGAGGAGGCCGAGGAGGAGGCAUCCCGGGCUCAGUCAGUCCGCCGAAGGCUGCAGCAUGAGCUGGAGGAUGUCACAGAGGCCUCGGAGUCCAUGAACCGGGAGCUGAACACGCUGAGGAACCGGCUCCGACGUGGCCCCCUCACCUUCACCACCCGCACGGUGCGCCAGGUCUUCCGACUGGAGGAGGGCGUGGUCUCGGAAGAGGAGGCCGAGGAGGCAGAGCCUGGGGCUGGGCCGGCACCACCAGAGCCUGAUGGGCCGCCUUUGUCCCAGCCCCAGUGACCCCACCCUGUUCCCAGCCAUGGCCCCUCCCUCCCUGGCCCCUGGAGGCCCAAGUCCCAGGAACCCUCCCUCCGACCUCCAGCUUCUUGCACUUAGGAAAUGGUGCCACCGUCUGGCACUACAGCACUUACCAACCCAGUGGCGGGGGCGGGUGCUGCGACCUCCUGUAAACCCCUAAACACAGAGGAGCUGGCAAGCAGGGAGACGAGGACUGGGGCUUUCGCUGGGGAAGAAAUCCAGGUGUAGUUGGCAAGCUGUGGUCCCAAAGGGCUUCCCUCCAUCCUUAAGUUGUUAAUGAUCUUUAUUAGCCAGGGAGCAUGGCUCCCCUAGCCUCCAAAGCUAAGGCUCCCAUUCCUCUCCCCCCACCCCUAUUUCUUCCUCUCGCUCCACUUAGCCAUUGAUCCCUGAACAUCUGAGCGACAACAGCCCGAGCCCCAGGUCUCCACCAGCCUUUGUCCCUUGCAGAGGGGCGGGAUAAGGGGGCCCCUCUCCCCCCAUGCUCCGCCCUCCCUCCUGAUUGCUCUUGUGUGAUCACAGUUUGGUUGGAUUUUCCUACGGGGCAUGGAGGAGGCUCCCGUAGCCUCUCAGCGUCCAGGCUGUCGCAGAAAUAAACUCCAGCCCCAGCCCUUGGGGCUGUGUGUGUUCCUGCACGGAGAUCUCUGAUGGGGCCGCAGGUGGGGCAGUCUGCUGGUUCGAAUCACAGCUGGCCAGUGUUGGGAGCCGCUGGGGUACCUGGCAUUUAAUGUGAAAAAACUCAUUUCGGCCUCCUUCCCACAUAUUCCGAACUUCAUUAUAGGUGGGGAAACUGAGGCUGAGCUGUCCCUUGCUCCAAGACUCCCAGUAAGUGGCAGAAGGGAUGCUGCACUCUGUCUGACCCUUUGCAAAACAGUGACAGAGUGACCGUUGAGCCACCUUUUGGAUGGCGAUCCUUUGUUUAGCUGAACAUGGGCUAAAGGUGGGCCGCUCCUCUCAACCUUCAGCACAACCCCUAGAGGUAGGGAUUCCAUUGCUUUCCAGCACCUAGAAGAGUGCCUGGCAUGCAGUUGGAAUUCAUAUAUUUGCUGAAUGAAUAGUUCACCCCUUCCUGCCCUAUUAGAGUGGUGGAAGCAACCCAGAGAGGUUGAGACUUGCCCAAGGACACACAGCUACUAAGAAGCUGAACCCACACAGUCUGCCCACGGGCUUCAGAGUGGCCGAUGUGGAGCAUGUGGCCCUCGGGCCCUGACCUCCUGGUGGAGACCCAGCUCCACUCCUCUCCUGGGGUCAUCACCCUGACAUCAGAGCUCCUAUUACCAGAUGCCCUCACAGUGUCAAGUUAGGGGUGUGGAUCCCCAUUUUUACCACCAGGGAAACUGAGGCAGUCACUUCUUACCCCCUCCCCCACACCAUCCCCUAGAAAAGUCACAAGGUGAGACCAAGCGAUCAAGGGGAUAUCUGGACCCCCUACCCCUCCACAAAGCACACAGUCUUGCUACUUUAAUAUGACCCCUGUUCUUGAAGACCCAACUCCUCUGGGAGGAAACCCCCCAAGCCGGACCGGAUCAGAGCUCCCCAGCAAACAGGAUGCAAUUUUUAAAUGAAAAGGAAACUUUUAUUUUGGUGGGAAGUAAGAGGGUGGGUGGGAAGGGGGCAUGACACUUUUUUCUUUAGGGAGGGCAGGUGACAUGCGGCAGCUUCUGCAUUGGGUGGUUCAUGCACCCAGGGUGGGCGUGGGGGAGACUUGGGGGAGGGGCCAUGCCGACCCCUCCCUCCCUGCCCUGGGGGUGGGCUGAGAAGACCCGCCAUUAGCACCAGAGUUGGACGAUUUGCAGACCUCCCCUCCCCACACUGACUCCGGACACCCGCCCCCAUCCCUGAGAGCGCCCCCUCGCCACUCCUCCCACCUCCCACUUCGACAGGCCAGGCCCGCCCCGCCCACAUUUGAGUGAGAGAGUCUUAUUGCUGUGUGUGUGAUGGGGACGAGGAGCCGCUGAACUCAGGGAGACCCCCCCGCCGUUCCUUCCUCCCCAAUCGCCCCGCCCCCCGCCCCGUGUCCGUGCGUUCCCGGAGCGCAGGAGGGGCGCGACAUGCGUGUGGGGAGCGCGUCAUGCAGCGCAUGCGUGUAGUUGCAGGCACCCUGGCGGCCGAGGAGAAAAGGGGAGCGGGACUUGGAAGUUGUCCCUUUAGCUCUCUCUUCCUCCCCAAAUCCCACACUGUUGACUUGGGGGAUGGGGACGGUGGUGAAGGAGGAGAGUCACGUUUUGUAAAAGUUUAUGAUCGUGAUUACUUUCAAAAGCUGAACUAAAAAGCUGGGUACGUGUGGCAGAUUGGCGAGCAGGGGGAGACGUUGGGAAGAGGUCUGUACCCUUUGGAAAAGAUCCUCACCCCCUUUCCCUGCGCUGUUCGGCUUCCGUGAGGGUCAUGGGAAUCUGGGGGCUAUUUUUUAAGAAGUUAAACCCUUUGGCAAUAUAACCAGUCCCCACCCCCAUACCCUGGUGUCUGGAGCCCCUAGCCCUUUGCCUUAUCCCACCCCGCUCCCACCAGAACCUGCCCCACCCCUCACCCCUGAUUCGCCAGGGUUUAGGGUCCAAGGGAAGGAUGGGGGGACUCAAAAUGCCCCUUGCAUAGGAAUCGUUGCAUCAAGAAUCGUGCUCAGUGACACCCCCCAACCCUCGGGUUGCGGGGGGGGGGGGCUCCUGAGGCCGUGGGAGCAGAGGGAGGGAGGUUGCUAAUUCUGUAGGCCUCUAGCUCCAAAAGGGGUGGUCCCCUCUAAGGAUUCUGGGACCGUGUGGUCUCUGGGCUUGGGGGAGGUAGCGCAUCCUUGAGCCAGGAUGGGAUAUGAGAAAUGAUCUUCCGCCCAUGAGCAUGGCAGGACGAGGAAUGCCGGAGAAGGGUGGGCUGGGAUUCCAGCCCGUGUAGGUUUGUCGUUUCCCAGGCUUCCCAUGUUCCAGUGUCCCUUGAUGGGGGCACAGCCUCUGCUGUGAGUGGAAACACUCUACCCUAAAUAAACGGUGUCCGGGCCAGGGAGCAGUAUCCGGACUUACCACCGGCCUCUUUGGAAGAUGCCGUAAAAGACAAAACUUUCUAGAUUAAGUGUCCUUGUACUGCCUAAAACUUUAGCACAUCACCAGGGGUCCAAAUAUAGCCCUCUGGGAAACACUGAUGUCCAUGAAGAGGGUCCCUUUUGGGCACCAUGUAGGGGGAGGGGCUCUUGGAAGAGGCAGGUCUAGGCAUAAGAAAGGGGAUGCCCAGGGGAAGGUCUGGUUCCCUGGAAUUGCAGACAGGUUGAGCCUAUCUUGGAAAUUCUAGCAUCAGGAGAACCUGAGAUGGAUGUCUGAUGUCAGAGAUUUGGGUAUAUCUGGGUGGGGUGGGGAGGCCUGAGGAUUUGGGGGUGUCCAAGAAAUGUCCAAGUGUGGGAAGGAUUUGGAGCAUCCCAAAGGCUGAAAGUGAGCUGAAGGGCUGGGUCAAGUCUUGGAGGUUCGAGGUGCUGGGAUGCAGUCCAGGCAAUGGGUGGGGUGGGGCUUGGGGGGGGCAGCAUCUGUAUGCAGAGGUUAAGUCCCAGGACCCUGUGGGGAUUUAGGGGAUGCGGGGUGCCAGGGUUGGUCUCAGGAAUUCUGGGUACAGGUCUCAUGUCCUGGUAAUUUGAAGGGGGUAUUGGGGAAUUUUGUGUGCUAGGGCCAGGAUCAUCCCAGAAAUUCUGAGAUGGGAGGUCUGAGUCCAUGCAGCAAGAAUAGAGGCGAGCAGAUCCCUUGGGGGAGGGUUGGGAUGGGGAGGGAGAAUUGGGGAGAGAUGACAGGGUCACAUUCACCAGGGGUCCUCCUAAAGGCUGAGGGAGCAGCUGUCCACAGCACACGCCCCAUGCCUCUGCUUCUACCAUCUGAGCUCAGCUCAUGUUGGGGCCUCAAGUGACUGUUACUCCUUCCCCCACAUUGUUGCUAAUAUAUAUAUAUAUAUAUAUAUCACAUCAAUGUGAUGGGUUGCCCUCCUGGGGUGAAGGGUAGGAGGCCCGGAAACCCUCCUGCCGCUUAAACGCCAGCUCAUCCCCUUGAGGUCCCCGCCCCCUUCCCAGAAUUCCCCUUCCCUCCCUGCCGUGGCAUGCAGCCCCUGGUGGCUCAUUGCUGAGGUGGGGUUGGAGCGGGGGUUGUCCAGGUUGAGGGAGGCAUGCAGAGUAGGGGAGAGGCGCCCCAAAAUGUAAUUGGCAUAAUUUGGACGUAUUUACAGGAGUUUAUGGGAGCGGGAUGUCCUAUGGCUCAUGGAGACCUGAGAAGGCUUUAUUGGGGGGGUAGAGAGUUGGGGAGGUGGACUUUGGCUCCUCCCCCUCCAUCCUGGGGGCCCAGGUGGGGGUGAGGGGUCCGGGGGUGUCUGCUGGCGUCGUCGUCUCAGUUGCAUAUUAUUAAUGACUUUUUGAUUUUUUU